AUGUGCCGGCAGUACGACAAACUCGCGAUGCUGCACGGCCGGCUCGCCAUCUUCAACGCGACCCGCCCGUCCGAGCGGAAUCUCUUCGUGAACAAAUCGCGAAAGAUGCUCUCGUCGAACCUCGAGAUGACCCCCGCCGCGGCGGAUAUGAAGGCGGACCGGCGCUCCCGCAAGCUUUUCAAGGCGGGCGAAGGAGGAGGAGGGGGGGGAAUGCCGGACGAUAUCCUCUUCCCCGCGAUGUUCACGGAGGUCCGCAGCGCGCGGCGGGGGGGCCACCACAUCGUCCGCGUCUCCAGCCGCCUGGCCCGGCGGGGGGCGAAGGCGACCCCCCGCGCCCUCCUCGCCGAGGCCACCGGCCUCGCCCGGCAGGCCCUCCACGCGGCGGAGGGGCCGCUCGACGACGCCUUGGAGGACAUGAGCCUCGGGAGCCGCGAGGGAAGUACCCCCAGCCGGAAUAGCGACUCCGAGGGCGACGAAGACGAAGAAGAGGACGACGACGAACGCCCGGGACGGAAGAAAACGCGCGGGGAAAGGCAACCCACCACGGCGGAAAUGCUCCCCACCCUCCCUUCCGACAGCGAGGAGGAGUUCACGGGGGAUAGCGAGGAGGACGACUUGGACGAAUCCGAAGUCGAAGAAGACAACGACGACGACGAGGAAGACGACGACGAGGAGGACGACGACGAAGAGGAGGACGAGGACGAGGACGAGGAGGAUGAAAUCCCCCCCGAGGCGCUCGAAACCUCCUCCGAGGGCGAUGACGAGGAGGCCAAUAGCGAUGAUGGAAUGGGCGAACAGAUGAGGGAACUCCUGCAGGAGACGCACCGGAAAUCGGGCGGCGACAAGGACGAUCAGGUAGAAUUGCAAAAGGGAAAACGAGUUCGAACGGAUUAA